AUGUUUGAAAAGGCCUUCGAGAUAGUAAGGGUCUGCGGGCUGCGAUAUGUCUGGAUUGAUUCGCUUUGUAUUAUCCAGGAUACUGUGAAAAAGGAAGGGAAGGAUUUCAACGAGGACUGGGAGAGCGAUGCUGCAAAGAUGGGUGAUAUUUAUGCUGGUGGUGCAUUGUAUGUCCUUCAAGCCGACACCGACUCUACUCAGUGGCACAAUGGUGUUGCCUCCGAGCGAGGGUUGGAAAUCAUUCUGAACUUCACUGACUUCGUUUCCAUAGCAACAUUGCCUUCCUUCACGGCUGCGAGUGUCUCGGCCAUAUGUGUUCCAUCGAGGACAGGCCCUCCUUUGCAGCCGGUAUUCCAGCAUCCAUCGACAGAAACACCAAGCGAUGACUCAGUGGACGCGAAUGUCAAGGUCUUGCUGAAGAUUCUCACACCGUAUUUCGCGUACAAUAUCCAGGGGUCGGGACUUCUGUCUCGCGGAUGGGUUUUUCAGGAAGUCCGUCUCACACCUGCCAAUCUUUUCUGCGCUGAGGACCAGACGUGGUGGUGUUGCCUAGAAGUCAGUUGUGCCGAAGUUUAUCCCCGACCUGGAAAGGCCAAAUUCGCCAAGCAUUUUGAGGACCUUCUGCGUGACGAUCACCUCCUUUUAACAUCUCCAGAGGAAAGCAUCGUUCCGAUGGAGCGUUGGCUGAUUCUUCUUGAACUCUACAGUGCAACUUCAGUCACCGAAAAGUCCGAUCGAGUUGUCGCUAUAACGGGACUCAUAGAACGUCUGAAGGAAUUGUAUGCACAGCCGUAUCAGGACUCCAUGUAUCACUCAGGAAUAUGGUCCACGGAAAUUGCGCGGCAGCUUCUAUGGCAAGGAGACUCCGGCCCAAUGCUGCCAAAGAGCCGAUUCAACUCCGCCACGCAUCGAAUCCCCACGUGGUCACCAUUCAGUUACGAUGGGAAAAUAACGAACCCAUCCAGAAAGGCCCGCUCGCAGGGGUUCCUUCCAGUGAAAUGUGUGAAGUUCCCUCAACCGGAUCAUCUUGGACGCGCAAAUAAUACAGACAAAGGCAUGUUGCACAUGUCGGGAGUAUUGGUUCCUAUGGAUGUUAGUACUGACCAUCCGAACUCUGGUACUUUUGGAACCAACAUGACGAAAGCGCACCCUAGAGGCUACGCUGAUGUUGUUAUGGCCAUUCACUGGGACAGCGUGGAGGACAAGAAAAAGUCAGAAGCGCCUGCUCCUGACCAUCGAGCUUUGAUUUGUGUGUAUGACCCCGAGCAGAUGACCAGCGGCUCGGAUCACUUGAUUGAGAUGAUCAAUCGUUCGUUCCCGGCCAAGUUGGUAUUGGCUUCACAUGUAAUCGUGUCCCAGCCCAAUGGAAAUGGACAACUUCCCGCCGCGCGGUAUCCGCCAUAG